AUGGCGCCCUUUCAAGAAACCCCGGAGGGUGCUGCGCCUAUCGACUCCGUACCAUUGAGGUUCGGUGUGGUCCUAUACCCAGGAUUUCAGGCUUUGGACGCCUUUGGGCCCCUGGACGCUCUCAAUGCCCUCUCCCUCCAUUACCCAACGAAGCUCUACAUCAUCGCCGAUACCCUCCAACCGGUCUCCACCAAGACCCCACAGAACUUCGAGUUUCCUGCAUCUUCAUUCGCACAGUCCAUUGUACCGACCCAUACCUUCGAAAACGUGCCCGAAAUAGAUGUUCUCAUCGUCCCAGGGGGAAUGGGAAACCGUCCGCCAGCGACCAUGGAUAGCGUCAUCAAUUACAUCCGCCAAGUCUACCCUCGCCUGCAGCAUCUUAUCACCGUCUGCACUGGGUCGUGGCUGGUAGCCCAAGCUGGGAUUUUGGAUGGGAGGAAAGCGACAACCAACAAGGCUUCGUUCAAGAGGAUAGCUGGGUUGUGUCCAUCGGUCGAGUGGGUUGGCCGGGCUCGAUGGGUAGUUGACGGAAAUAUCUGGACUUCGUCGGGGGUUACCGCGGGACUGGACGUUAUCUUCGCAUUCAUCGAGAAGGUUUAUGGAGAGCCCGUCGCCAAACUUCUUGCGAACUGGCUGGAGUACGAGCGACACACUGAUUCUACGUGGGACCCAUUCGCCGAGUUGUAUGAAACCCAGUAA